AUGAGCACAGAUGAGAUGAUUACGCUCUACUGUGAGGGCACUCCCAACCCACUGAAGAUUUCCAUCGCGCUGGAGGAACUAGGCUUGAAGUACAACGUACGCGCAAUUAAGCUCUUUGAACACGAGCAGAAACAGCAAUGGUACCUCAACAUUAAUCCCAACGGCCGUAUUCCGGCCAUCGUCGACAAGGACGAGAGUGGCCACGACCUCAAGAUCUGGGAAAGUGGCGCCAUCUUACAGUAUCUCGUGGACCGGUACGACAAGGACCACAAGAUCUCGUAUCCUCAUGGCAGUAAAGAGUACUGGCAGAUGACGAGCUGGGUGAGCGGCCUCGGCCCCAUGCAAGGCCAGGCAAACCACUUUGAGAUGUCCGCUUUCGGCGACUAUCCGUACGCCUUGAACCGCUACGUCAACGAAACGCGCCGUCUCUACCGCACUAUGGACAAGGCCCUGGCCGAUAAUCGUUCCGGAUACCUCGUCGGUGAUCAUCUUACCAUCGCCGACAUUGCUAUUUGGCCAUGGGCCACCGCGUACAAGUACAGUGGCCUAUCCCAGAUCGACGAAUUCCCUCACGUCAAGGACUGGAUGUACAGGCUCCUCGCGCGUCCUGGGUUCGAGAAAGGUCGCAACGUGCCGAAUCCUCAUAUUUACCUCCAGCUCAACGAGAUGCCGGACGAAGAGCUGAAGAAGCUGGGCAGGGAGAGAUCAGGUUGGAUUCAGGAGGCUAUGAAGCGCGAUGCUGAAUGA